AUGUUGCCUCCAGAGAUGGGUCGAGCAGCCUCACAGUCCUCGAGUGCUGCCUCUCAGUCCACUCAGGUAGUACCACCGCAUAGCCGUCCUGGGACUGCGGAUCCCAUGAGGGCUCGUUCCGAACAUGUGAUCUCGCGGAAUAGUCGUCGUCCUAGAUCCAGAGGCUCCACAGCUAGUAUUCAUUCCCAGCAGACCCAGGACCAAAAUGUUGCCGAUGGAUUCGCGCAAUUUCUUCCCACUCAACAAGCCACGGGUCACAAUGUUUUUGGCAACAACCCAGAAGAUAUGAUUAUGCGCUUUGGUCCCAACCUGUCGCAUCCCGUGAAUGGUACUCCGUUGGAUCCAACCUUGCCAGAUGCACACCAUCCCGUCAUGCCCCGAGCAGAAGAUUUUUCACACCAUGCGCUCCAGACUCACGCUAUUUCUCAGCAAGCAUUGCCGCCGGAGUUAUCAGGGCACGGUUUGUCCGGGGUGCCCAUGUCCCAGUAUCAAUCCCUGUACGACAGUGGGAUCGAGAAUCACAUGCCGGAGCAUAUGUUAGAAGACAAUGAGAACCCAGAGGUUGGUGGGGGAAAGAAGAAAAAGGGAUCAAGCUCUUCAUUAGCGAACGACAACGAACUGCGCAAACUAUUGCGUCAGUACGAAAGCUACUCCCUUAAGCAAAUGGCAGCGGAGGUUCUGAAACACGAGGGUGCCGGAGGCAAAGCAGAGAAGGUCAAACAGGUCUUUGCUAUGAUAUGGUUGAGGGAGAACUGCAGAAAGAGCAGCGGUUCUGUUCGACGGGACCGUGUGUACUGCUGCUACGCUGAGAAGUGUGGAACCGAGCGUGUCUCGGUUCUGAAUCCAGCUUCCUUUGGGAAGCUUGUGCGCAUCAUAUUCCCGAACGUGCAAACACGACGACUGGGUGUUCGCGGGGAAUCCAAGUAUCAUUAUGUUGACUUGACCGUGAUAGAGGAGAAGCAACAAAAACACCAGUCCCUUGACUCUCAGGCCCCAUCAAAUGCUAGUGUCCCACCGGAAAACAGGGCUGAAGAUGCGCUAUCAAAGAGUGCUGGCGCAGUACCAACACCCCCGGCUGAUACGGCCGUAUUUCCUUUACCAGCAGGUUCGUUCGCUCCUCGCAUGUCGGCUAGUUUACCGACUGGAGGCUGUGCCUGCCAAUCUGCUUCUCGCGGCAACCUUGAACCUUCAAUGACCCUCGAGAACGUCAAAAGCCAUGCCGGAAAAAUGAUUCAUCAAAUGCUUCGAUUUCCUUCUGCAGACACCUACUCUGUCGACAAUGACUCCCUUCAGCUGCCUGAUAUCCAUCCAUACCUGCCCCUAAAUGCCGACUUGAAGGUCGCUGCAGCUCUUGCGGCUCUGUACCGGUCUCAUUGCAUAUCAGUCAUCGACAGCUUCAGAUACUGCAAAGAACGCAACCUUCUACGAUAUUUCUCCGCUUUUCAUGGAACCCUGACUGUCCCGGUGCAAAAACUUCUCACACAUCCCGACAUUGCCCCGUGGAUCAAAGAGUGUGACUGGCUCAUGUACCAGAAAAUGAUUGCAUUCGUGGCACCACUAACCACGCAGGUCGUGCCUAAGCUGGUGCUGGAUGCUUUCAGCUCGAUCUCACAACGCCUCACUCCUCACAUCGCCGAAACCUUCAAAUCCCAGCCCGCACAUGUUUCUCUCGCACGGUUAAUCCCAGCAAACAUCUUCUGCAGUCUUCUUCGGCACAUGCUUGAUGUGAACCAGUCCGCCAACGCGGCCGCUGCCUGGCUUUGCCAUCCUGACAACAGGAAUCAGAUGUGGUUCGAUUUCAAGAGCUUGGUUGACCCUAAGGAGAUGAUCUCAAAAGCAAACAUUCCGACAUGUGCUGAGCGGGUAACUGAACAGAUUCUUAAGCACGACAUCCGGGCCUUACUUACUCCCGUAAGCGACCCAAGUGUCGCUCCUUGCCAGCCUUUUUUUGCAACCCCUGAUACCGAAGAUGAUAUCGAGGCGCAUAAGUACCCUGUUCAGUCCGCAACAGGCGAUGACUACAACUUCCCCGACAAAUGGGUGUCGUUCAUACUCAAUUUACCACUAAUUUUCCCCAAUCACCGUGCACAGUGUAUUAUAGAAAAGGUAGACGCAUUAUGGGAUUGUGUCCUUCGUCGGUUAACAUUGGGUGGUGCCCAGAGCUUCAGUGCUUGGUGGAUGACCAAGGUGUUCUUUCACGAGAUGAUGGUUUGGCAAGCGGAGCAAGGUGGAUUCAUGCACUCUUCACCAAGUUCUUUGCAGAACGCAGCACUCGGGACGGAACCAUCUGGGGUGAACAACUUCGCCAUGAAGCAGCCCAGCUUUGCCAUUAGUGAUAAGAAUGACACACUCAUGGCGACUGAUGCCCAGCAGGACCGUCAGUCGGUCUCUCGGGCACCUUCCACGGCAGCAACCAGUGAAGCGCCACAAAAUCCACAGGGUAGCCGCAUGGAAACUGAAUCGGAUCAAAACAAUUUGGAUAAUCCCAAGCCCACCACUGUCGCGGAGAAUAUUGCGAAUUUCCAUGCUGGGAACAACGAUGACAGCGCAAUAGACCUUGACGACGAUUCCAUGCUGAUGUCCGUGGGGAAAUAUGGUGACAUGAUGGCUUCUGAUCCAGCGGAUGCUGAAGGGGAUGUCGUUGUCAUAUAA